AUGGAUUCGGCGACUAUACUGUUUUGGGUAAUUUUUUUUGAAAGCUAUGGCGAAUUCAAAUGGGCCGAAGUAGAAAGCUCAAAAAUCGUCAAAUCUAAUCUGUCAGUGAUCGGUUCAAAUCAAGAAUACUGUUGUAACCUGCCGUUGGAGGUCAAGUACGGAGACAAGCUGUUCAAAGGUAAGACAUCUGAUGUGACGGAGUUCUUGGGAUAUAAAAACGUUGACCAAAUAAAACUUCCCGUGGUGUUUGACGCAAGAGAAAAAUGGCCCCAUUGUUAUUCGAUUGCUCGUGCUAAGAAUCAAGGAGAAUGUAAAAGCGGCUGGGCAAGUAUUUAUAGACAUGUGUCGGGUCAUUUGGAAGGCGAACAUGCUGUGAAAUUGAUUGGAUGGGGUCAAGAAGGAGAAGACAAAUAUUGGCUACUAAUGAACUCGUUUGGUAGAACAUGGUGUGAUAAUGGCACGUUUAAAAUGCCCAAAGAUCUUAGCGAUAGGAAUGCCAAACGAGAAUUACAAAAAUACAUCUACUUCAUGAACCAUGUGUCAGCGUUAUCAUUACAAAAAACUAAUAUGUGGAACGAAAUAUCUUUCCCUCCGGGCAAAUUAGUGAAACAGGACUGCUUAAUUUUCGUCCAAGAUAAAGUGAAAUAUCUUCAAACUAUGCUUGAUAACAUUUAUUCCGAAAUGAAUGUCGAAACUCCGGAUAAAUGUUAUUCAAAUGUAAAGAUAGCCAAAAACAGUGAUCAUACGUUGUUAUUGAAAAAUCAUGAUUUGGUCAUGGCGUCAGAGAAUUUGUUAAAAAGUUGGAUGAUAACGUUUCAAUUGAUAGUUAAAGAUUAUAAAUAUUUCAAACAAGAACCAGUAAUUUAUGGUCCGUACAAAGAAUUGGAGUUUUGGAGGAAUAUGUAUGUCAAAUUCAUUAAAAUCUACAAAAUAAUGAUGAGUCCGAUUAGUAAAUUAGCUGAAAAAGCUAUUUUACAAAAUAAUUCAAGUCUAAAAGAGCCUUGGGAAACUGUUAAAGGACGAACUAUAUUAUUUUACAAAGAGAUGACGGAAAAUUUAAAAUAUUUAAAACCUAUAGAAUUUCUUUUUAAGGGCUUGUAUCGUACUGACCCACAGUCCAUUAAAGCUGCUAUAGCUGAUGUGACUAAUGCAUUACCACUAGUUCGGUCUUUUUCCACCCACUACACUAGCAAGCGAAACAUGACGAAACUAUUAUUGAUGUGCGUCAACCAAGUAGUCAUUAGUUCUAUAAACUGUUUGACCAAUAACAACACCACAAGUAUUUGGAAACAAUCCAAAGCGCUUAUGAUUGAUAAGCUGAGCGAAUGCAUCGGCAUGUAUGAUCAAGUGUUGAAAGGUUAUAACGACAUGAAAAAUAAAACAAAAAGCGAUAACCAUACACCAGAUUUCAUGAACGUGCUUAAAGUGUUGAACAACUUUGAAAAAUUGAAUUUAAAUUGUUUAAAUAUGGAAGAUGCGUAUUCGUAUCUUCUUGAACCAUCAAGUGACGAUCAAAAACAUUCUUUAAAAACUGUGAUUACCAACUUUAGAAAUGUGUACGCUAUGUACAGAGCUAAGCCACCGAUUGUAUGGAAUAUGCCGAUGAUAACUGGACAAAUGAUCUGGAUUAGUUCAAUUCAUACGAAAAUCGAAAUGCCAAUGAAUUUUUUUUUGAGUAAGAACCCAAACUUGUGGGGUAAGCUUCGUCAAAUACGGAUAGUUAAAUCGUACAACUCGUUUUGCUUCGCUCUCAGAGUACAUGAAUUGCUGUUACACUCAAGGUGGUAUAAAAUUGCUAACAAAUUAAAAGAUUCCAAAAACGUACCAUUACUGAUAAGAGAUCCUAAAACGAGGAAAUACUAUUGCACGUUUUCAAGAUUUCUCAUCGAAACCCUCAAUGAAUCACAUCACAUGCUUUUUAGACACCUCGCCAUACCCGAACGUCUACAGUUUCUUGUCCAGCGUAAAGCCAUGAUAUACCAAAGACACGCGUACGCUGAUUCUCUGAUCAAACGAUACAACCGAAUGAGGAGUAUGGUGCCGCAAGUUAUUGACAUGGACAUUAAAAUAUGCCAAACAAUGGCGUCGGUAAGAACAUUUUUACUCAUAAAGCUACCUAGCGAACCGAAAUGGAUGAAUGAGUUAGAAGAAAUCAAUGCUGUGCAUCAAGACAAAGAGAUAAAACAUAUUGAAAAGCUGUCUUAUUCGGCGGAAAUUGUUUUCCAUCAAAUGAUGAAUUCGAUUCUAGCAAGAAUAAUUAACCUCGGCCCUGACAAAUAUAAUUGGUUCGAUAUUGAAGAAGGUCUGAAACCUGUAACGGAAUCAGAUGGCCCGCCAACAACAAUAUCUCAAGAAUGGUCAGCGGUAAUAAAAGUAAAAUUAGCUCUCGAGCCUACACAACCUACCCCUACGCUAGGGAUAUCGCCAUCCUGGGACGAAAUUAAACAGGCAAUUGAAAGGAUAACAACUAGAGCAUUUAAAAUGUCAGAAAAACUUACACGAUGGGGCUUUCAUAGAAUCGUCGCUCAAAAUGAUAAAAAGAAAGAAGAUUUUAGCUACAAAAAAGAUAUAGUGCGCCACAAAGAUGUUGAAAGUGCUGCUACUUUAAUUAAAAAAGCAAUCAGACCAAUAAGAGGAGAAAUAAUGGACUCUCUCAUAAAUAAAUAUAAUUUCAAAUUUCGUAACGUGUGGGUCAAUAACGCAGAGAAAGAAACAAAAAUUGAAGACUUUUUAAAGAUGACAAGUAAACUAGCUGAUAUACGCGGACAAUACGAAGAAAUAUCUGCGAAAGAAAAUGAAAUUAUUGAUCAGCCUGAUUUUGUAAUAAUAGGACCGUUGGAAGUACAACUGGUCGAAUUUAAAGAUAGAUUACUUGAAGAAAUCAAGUUAUGGCAGGGUCUAUUAACAGAUGCUGUACUAAAGACUUACAGAGAAAAAUUGAAAGUUCUCUGUAAAUAUGUAGAAGAUAACUAUGCGAUACUAGCAAUGCCUAUAAACGAAUUAGACGACGUAAGAAGAGUAAUAGCGUGUUUGGAAGCCGUAGAAAAAAAUUUCGUAACCGUCGAUCGAGACGUCGAAGAAAUCAAAAAUGUAUUUGAUAUGUUAAACGCAUUCAAAUUUGCCGAAAAAGGUCCAAUGGUGAGUGGGUUAACACCAUCAGAAGCCAGUGAAAGAGUCAUAAUAUUUCAAGAUAAAUUCGAUGAAUUGGUAGUGUUGAUGGAUCGUUAUCAAGAAGGAGAACGGUUAUUUGGAGUACCGAUUACUGAAUAUCCUUCUCUGACUGAAAAAAAACGUAUAUUCAAUUUAUUGCAAAAACUGUACGGGCUAUACGUUUUGGUCAAUCAUUCUAUUGAAACUUGGUUGAAUACUCUGUGGAGCCGCAUUCGUAUCGAUGAUAUUAUAGACAAGUUGACUGAGUACUCGACCAGAUGUCGGAAAUUACCAAAAGGGUUAACAGAGUGGCCUGCAUAUUUAGAAUUGAAAAAAAAAAUUGACUACUGGUCCCAGACUAUACCACUUAUUGAAAUGAUGAUUAAAAACUCGCUUAAAGAAAGACAUUGGCUAAUGCUAGAAAAAGUUACAAAUACACCUCUUCCAGUGGAUAACGCUGAUUUUGCCCUAAGAAACAUCAUGGACGCACCUUUGUUGGAAAACAAAGACGAAAUUGAAGAUAUAUGCCAAACGGCAAUUAAAGAAAUGGACAUUGAAGCCAAACUACGACAAGUCAUAUCGGAUUGGUCAACCGUCAAAGUGGAGCUGGCUAAUUUCAAAACCAGAGGCUUGUUGUUGGUAAAAGGUCAAGAGCUAGGGGAAGUUGUUGCACUUUUGGAAGACAGUCAAAUGGUCAUGAGUUCAUUGGCGACGAAUAGGUACAACCUUGCAUUUAAAACGGAAAUAAUGGAUUGGGUGAGGAAAUUCGCUAUAACCGGACAAGUCUUAGAAAACUGGAUGAUAGUACAAAACCUUUGGGUUUAUUUAGAAGCAGUAUUUGUUGGAGGUGAUAUAGCUAAGCAACUUCCUUUAGAAACGAAACGUUUUAGCAAUAUUGAUAAAUUGUGGGUGCAAAUCAUGACUAGGGCCAAGUUUACAGAAAAUGUAAUAGAAAUUUGUACUGGAGAUGAUUCUAUGGAAAUUUUACUUCCUUACCUUAAAGAACAGUUAGAACUAUGCCAAAAAUCUUUGUCAGGGUAUUUGGAUCAAAAGAGAAAUGUUUUUCCGAGAUUUUAUUUCGUUUCCGAUCCAGUAUUGUUGGAAAUUCUUGGACAGACGUCAAACUCACACGCUAUUCAACCACAUUUGCUUAAUGUGUUUGAUAAUAUCGCCAAGUUAGGUUUCAGUCCAACGGAAUAUGACAAGGCUAUGGAUAUAUCAUCGAGAGAAGGAGAAUCGAUUCCACUUGAACAUCCUGUUGUGUGUGUGGGAGGCGUAGAAAAUUGGCUUACCACUUUGCUUAAUGAAGCAAGAACUUCAGUAAAUCAAGUUAUAGCGAAUGUUGCAACUUAUAUGACGGAUCCGUCUUUCUCGCUUUUAACCAUGGUGAACACUUUCCCAGCCCAGAUGGGUCUUGUUGGCAUACAAAUGCUUUGGACGUAUUAUACAGAAAACGCAAUUAGCAACGCUCUACUCAAAAAAACUAUAAUGAAACAAACCAACGAUUAUUUCAUUAUGUUGCUAAACACUCUCAUCGAUUGCACUACGUUGAACUUGACUAGCUCGGAGAGACUGAAAUACGAAACACUGAUCACAAUUCACGUGCACCAGAGAGAUAUUUUCGAGGUAUUGUACCGCAUGAAAGUAUCAAGUUUAGGUGAUUUUGAGUGGUUGAAACAAGAACGUUUUUACUUUAACCUCGAAAUCGAUCAAUGCGAAGUCCGCAUUACUGACGUUACUUUUAUAUAUCAAAAUGAGUUUUUGGGAAGUUCGGAGAGACUUGUCAUUACACCGCUUACUGAUCGAUGCUACAUAACACUAGCCCAAGGAAUAGGUAUGAAUAUGGGCGGUGCGCCGGCUGGACCAGCAGGAACGGGAAAGACUGAAACCACCAAAGACAUGGGAAAGUCGCUCGGCAAAUAUGUUGUAGUCUUUAAUUGCUCCGAUCAAAUGGAUUUCCGAGGCCUCGGUCGUAUUUUCAAAGGCUUGGCACAGUCGGGAACGUGGGGUUGCUUUGACGAGUUCAAUCGUAUAGAACUGCCCGUAUUAUCCGUAGCUGCCCAGCAAAUUUACGUACUAUUCACUGCUCGUAAAGAAAAAAGAACUAUGUUUUUGUUUAGUGACGGCGACACUAUUCCUAUGAACCCGGAAUUCGCUAUAUUUCUUACUAUGAAUCCCGGUUAUGCUGGACGCCAAGAGUUACCAGAAAAUUUAAAAGUGCUAUUUAGAAGUGUUGCAAUGAUGGUGCCAGACCGUUUGAUAAUUAUACGAGUGAGAAUGGCUGCUGCUGGUUUCAAAAACAAUUUAGCACUGUCAAAGAAGUUUUUUAUUUUGUAUCAACUUUGCGAACAACAACUUAGCAAACAAGUGCACUACGACUUUGGUCUAAGGAAUAUAUUAGCAGUUUUACGAACGCUCGGUACACAAAGAAGAGGCAAUCCUAACGAAUCCGAAGAAACCAUACUGAUGCGAGUGUUAAGAGACAUGAACGUUUCCAAAUUAGUCGAUCAAGACGCUGCCAUAUUCAUGUCUCUAAUUGAAGAUCUUUUCGUCGGCAUGAAAUUGACCACAUCGACUUACAAAGAGUUGCAAGCAGGAAUCUUAAAAUCGUGCAAUGAAUUUUCAUAUGUAAAUCACCCAACAUGGAAUUUGAAAAUUAUUCAGGUCUAUGAAACAUCAUUAGUGCGUCACGGAUUGAUGAUACUUGGACCAACUGGAGCUGGUAAAACCGCCGCUAUUCAUACAUUAUUAGCUGCAUUGACUAAAAACGGAAAACCGCAUUUUGAAUAUCGAAUGAAUCCCAAAGCGAUUACUGCGCCACAAAUGUUUGGGAGACUAGACGUGGCUACUAACGAUUGGACCGAUGGGAUAUUUUCGACACUUUGGAGAAAAACAUUAAAAAUAGAUCCUGGUGAAUUUUGUUGGAUUGUAUUAGAUGGGCCAGUAGAUGCGGUGUGGAUAGAAAACUUAAACUCUGUCUUAGACGACAAUAAAACUUUAACUCUAGCAAAUGGAGAUCGGAUUGUAAUGGCGCCUAAUGCGAAAUUAUGUUUUGAACCAGACAACGUUGACAAUGCAUCACCAGCUACAAUAUCCAGAAUGGGAAUGACUUUCUUUUCGUCAACAGUAUUAUCUUGGAAAAUUGUCUUCCUUGGGUGGGGUAAGAAAAGAACUAAACACGAAUUUGACUGUCUUCAACAUCUUUUCGAAAACUCUUAUGAUGGCUUGAUCAAAUUUCUCAAUGCUAACCUAACGCCUAAAAUGAAUUUGUUAGAAGCUCAUUAUAUUCACCAGACUUGCGAUUUGCUCGACGGGCUACUGGAAAUGUUUAAAAGUCCGACAGAUUUGCCUGAGAACACUAUAUCUCGUUUGUACACAUUUUCAAUAAUGUGGAGUAUUGCUUCUGUAUUGGAGUCGGCUAAUCGUCAAUCACUUGAAGAAUAUAUUUUAAAAGAAAUGAAAGGAAUAAUGAACGUACCCAGACUCCAGGAAGGGGAAUCGAUUUAUGAGUAUACUAUAUCGAAAACUGGAGAAUGGAAACAUUGGGGAACACUAGUUACGAAUUAUAGUUAUCCCAGUGAUUACAUACCUUCUUUUGGCGAUAUUUUGGUCCCAAAUUUAGAUAACACUCGGACCAUGUUUUUGAUAUCGUUGAUUGCGAAUCAAGAAAAAAAUGUUUUACUCAUCGGCGAGCAAGGGACAGCCAAAACUGUUAUGAUAAAAAGUUUCAUGUUAGAAUUUGAUCCAGAAAAAAGGUUAAGCAAACAGCUCAAUUUUUCUUCGGCUACUACACCCAACAUGUUUCAAUUCACUAUGGAAGGCUAUGUGGAAAAAAGAUUCGGUACAACUUAUGGUCCACCGGGUAAUCGUAAAAUGUCUAUGUUUAUCGACGACAUUAACAUGCCAAUUAUUAAUGAUUGGGGUGAUCAAGUAACUAAUGAAAUUACACGUCAAAUGCUCGAAGGAAAGGGUUUCUAUUCGUUGAUCAAACCUGGAGAAUUCACUAAUAUCGUGGGAGUAAACAUGUUGGCUGCGAUGAUCCACCCUGGUGGAGGGCGAAAUGAUAUACCUCCAAGACUGAAACGUCAAUUUUGUAUAUUCAAUUGCACGUUGCCGUCAGACACGUCGAUGGAUAAAAUAUUCGGAGCAUUGGGAUGUGGAUACUUUUGUAUAGAGCGUUUCCCAGAGGUAAUUGUGUCGUUUGUUCCGAAGUUGAUACCGUUGACACGAUUGGUAUGGCAGAAAACGAAGCAAAAGCUAUUGCCUACACCCGCCAAUUUCCAUUAUGUUUUCAACUUACGAGAUCUUUCACGUAUGUGGGAGGGCAUGUUACAAAUUGGUGCUCCCGAAUGUGAUGAAAUCCCGUUAUUGCUCAAACUAUGGUCUCACGAAAUGUUGCGGGUGAUAUACGACAAACUCACAAGUGCAACGGACAAAGAGUGGUUCAUCAACAACUUAAUUUCUACUUCGCGGGAGUUUUUAAAUACUGAAGAAAUAAAAAUGUUUCCCACUGAUCAUAUAAAUAAAUUUGUUUUCGUCGACUUUUUACGUGAUAUGCCGGAGCCAACUGGCGAUGAACCUGAUGAUUUUGUAUUCGAGGACCCAAAAAUUUACGAACAAAUAGAAGAUUUCGAUGUUCUUGAAGCUAGAGUUCUUAUGUUUAUGGCACAAAUGAAUGAAGUAGUACGAGGGUCAACAAUGGAUUUAGUAUUUUUCCGGGAUUGCAUGAUACAUUUAAUAAUAAUAUCGCGAAUUUUAAGAAUACCACGGGGAAAUGGUUUACUUGUUGGCGUCGGCGGUUCAGGAAGAAGAUCAGUUACAUCUUUGGCAUCGUUUAUCGCUGGAUAUUUCCAACACAAAAUAUUUAUAACGAGAACUUAUAAUGUGAAUAACUUUUUGGAUGACAUAAGGCUACUCUACCGAGCAGCUGGGUUUGAAGACAAAAAGACUACGUUUGUAUUUACAGAUAAUGAUAUAAAAGAAGAAUCUUUCUUAGAGCAUCUGAACAACAUACUGAGUUCCGGAGAAGUCGCUAAUUUGUUUGCCAAAGAUGAACUUGAAGAAAUGUUGACUUCAUUAACGCCAGCAUAUAGAAAGAAAAAUCCUAAAGGCAUCCCUACUUUGGAAAAUUUAUACGAAUUUUUCAUUAAACAAGCCGUAAACAAUUUACACAUAGUGCUAUGCUUUUCUCCGAUAGGCGAGAGUUUCCGUUUGCGUUCAUUAAAAUUCCCCGGAAUUAUAUCUGGUUGUAUUAUUGACUGGUAUACAUCAUGGCCACUUGAAGCUUUACACGCAGUUUCACAUCAUUUUUUGAAAGAUUUUGACGUUUUAUGUAGCCCUAAUGAAAAGUCUUCACUAAUACAAAUUUUAGGGGAAAUACAUAAUAACGUGGCCAAAGAUUGUAUCAGUUACCAACAAAGGUACCGUCGUCAAAUUUACGUUACACCCAAAUCUUUCCUUUCGUUUAUCGACGGUUACAAAAGUUUGUAUACUGACAACGUUAAAGAAAUCGAGAAUAUGAAAGUACAACGAGUGUUGGGAUUGGAAAAACUUGCUGACGCUUCAGUUCAAGUAGAAGUACUGAAAGUCGAUUUGGUUCAGAAAGAAAAAGAAAUUACUAUUGCGAAUGCUGCUUGCAGCGAGGUGACGGCUAAAGUCAACGAAGUAGUGCAGGUAGCAGAAAAGAGUAAAGCGGAAGUUGCCGUUGUAAAAGAUAAAGCGGAAAUUUUGCUAAAGGGAAUUUCAAAGGAAAAAAAGGUUGCGGAAGCUAAACUCGCUAAAGCUCAACCGGCAUUGGACGCUGCUGAAGCUGCCUUAUUGACAAUCAAUGCAUCUGAUAUUGCCACAGUACGUAAACUUGGGAAACCUCCCUAUAUGAUCACGUUGAUUAUGGAUUGUGUACUUCUAUUAUUUAAACGUAAAGUAGAAAAAACUAUACCAGAUCCUUCAAAGAAUUUUUUGACUCCCAAAUGGGAAGAAUCUUUAAAACUUAUGUCUGACACAAGGUUCUUAUAUAACUUAAAAAAUUUUCCCAAAGACCAAAUAAAUGGUGAAGUAAUUGAUUUGAUGCAAGCCUAUUUCAAGUAUUCAGAUUAUACUUAUGAUAAAGCAAAAAUUGCAUGUGGUAACGUAGCAGGUCUCAUCAAAUGGACAUGGGCAAUGGCUGAUUUCUUUUUCGUGAACAAAGAAGUACUACCGUUAAAAGCAAAUUUAGCUCUUCAAGAAGCAAAACAUAGUAAAGCAAAAGAAGAGUUGAAAGCCGCUGAAGCUAUUGCCACUGAAAAAAACCGAGAACUAAUGGAGGCAAAAAAGAAACUGAAAGUAGCUUUAGAUUCUCAAGGAGAAGUGCAAGCAGAAGCUGACCGAUGUAAAAAUAAAAUGAUGUCAGCUACAGCCUUAAUUGAUGGUUUGGAAGGCGAAAGAAAAAGAUGGACUCAACAACUGGCUGGUUUCAAUAUCGAAAUAAAAAAAUUACUAGGGGACAUUGUAAUACUAACAGGAUUUUUAUCAUAUUCUGGGCCAUUUAAUCAAGAGUAUCGUACUAACAUUAUGCAAUCGUGGUACAAUCAGUUACAUGAAAAAAAUAUACCAAAUACUGUUGGCUUGAGUAUAGUUGAUAAAUUAGUAGAUCCACCGACAAUCAGUGAAUGGAAUCUUCAGGGGUUACCAAACGACGAGUUAUCCACCCAAAAUGGAAUCAUUGUAACUCAAGCUUCAAAAUAUCCCGUUCUAAUUGAUCCACAAAGUCAAGGUUUAGCGUGGAUAAAAGCUAAAGAAGCAGCGAACCAAAUGAAAGUCACCUCUUUUGAAAAUAAGUAUUUUAGAAAUCACCUUGAAGAUUGCGUAUCACUUGGAAAACCACUAUUAAUCCAAGAUAUAAUGCAAGAUGUAGAUCCAGUUAUUACCAAUGUAUUAGAGAAGAACUAUUACAAAGUGGGAAAAACUUUAAAGGUAUCGCUGGGAGAUAAAGAAGUUGAUAUCCACGAAAGUUUUCGAAUGUACAUGACUACAAAACUUGGAAAUCCUUCAUACCCACCCGAGUUGUACGCACGAUGUUGCAUAAUUGAUUUUACUGUCACCCUGAAGGGCUUAGAAGACCAACUGCUGAGUAGAGUGAUUGAAACUGAAAAAAGAGAGUUGGAACUGGAACGUGUAGAAUUAAUAGCUGAGGUAACAUCGCAAAAACGUAAAAUGCAAAAACUAGAACUCGAUUUGCUAUUGAAACUCACCACAGUGCAAGGGUCACUUGUAGAUGAUGAAUCAGUGUUGUAUACUCUGAACAAGACUAAAGAUACUGCUGUAGAUGUCCAAGAAAAAAUUAAAACAGCCAAUGAGACACAAGCAUCAAUAAAUGUCGUACGUGAAGAAUAUCGGCCAAUCGCUACUAGAGGAUCGGUUUUAUACUUUUUGGUCGUAGAAAUGGGAAUGAUCAAUUCUAUGUAUCAAAAUUCAUUGCAGCAAUUUUUGGAACGUUUUGACCUGUCUUUACUUAGAGCAGAGCCUUCACUUAUUCUAAGCCGUCGAAUCACAAAUAUAAUCAAGUGCUUGACGUACGAUAUAUUCAAGUAUAAAUGCCGAGGUCUAUAUGAAAAAGACAAGACUCUAUUUACUAUUCUCGUGACACUCAAGAUAGAUCUCGACUGUCAAAAUAUCAGCAAGGACCAAUUUGAAUACUUUAUUAAGGGCGGUGCUUCGGUUGAUUUGUCAUCGAUAAAGCCUAAACCUUUCCCGUGGAUUACAGAUAUUUGCUGGAUGAAUUUAGGCUUAUUACAAACUAUUACCCCAUUUCAAGAAAUAUUGAACAUGGUAUCGCAAAGUGAAAAACAAUGGAAAACGUGGUAUGAAAAAGGUGCACCCGAAAAAGAAGUCAUUCCCAACGGGUUAGACAAACUUAGGCAAUUUGACCGAUUAUUGGUGGUAAGGGCAUGGUGUCCAGACAGAAUUUUAAAUCAGUCUUUUGCUUAUGUCGAAGAAUCACUUGGACCUAAAUUUGUGGAGUCAAUUAUGUUUGAUAUUGAAGAAAUGUAUAACGAAUCGAGAAGUACCACUCCGCUUAUUUGUUUCCUUAGCAUGGGUUCAGAUCCUAGUAAUUUAAUCGAAACAACAGCAAAAAAAUUGGAAAUCCCGUUUAAUUCCAUAUCGAUGGGCCAAGGACAAGAAAUACAUGCUAGAGUGUUAAUAGAGAACUGUAAUAACAACGGUGGUUGGGUUUUGUUACAAAAUUGUCAUUUAUGUUUGGAUUUCAUGAGAGAAACUUACACAUAUAUUAUUACUAAAGCAACCACCACACAACAUGACAAUUUUAGAGUUUGGAUUACAUCUGAACCGCAUCCGAAAUUUCCUAUACCUCUUCUACAAAUCUCCGUACAUUUUACCUAUGAACCUCCAGAAGGAUUAAGAGCUGGAUUGAAAAGGACGUACAAUACCAUAACACAAGACGAUUUCGAUCAUUCUAGUUCUCCUCAGUAUAAAUCGAUUCUAUACGCCAUAUCUUUUCUUCAUUCAGUAGUACAGGAGCGGAGAAAAUUUGGACCUAUUGGUUGGAAUAUCCCUUAUGAGUUUAACAACGCAGAUUGGUACUCGUCUAUGUUAUACUUACAAAAAAUGAUAGACGAGAUGGCUGCCAACUCUCCAGUGAACUGGGUUUCUUUAAGAUACAUGUUGGCAGAAGUGCACUACGGCGGUCGUGUAACUGACGAUUACGACCGGCGUCUUCUUAAUAAUUUCACCGUUAUGUGGUUCAUGGACGAAAUAUUCGAAGGUCAUUUUAAUUUCUACAAAGGUUAUAAUAUUCUGAAUUUCAAAAAACUAUCACAUUACUGGGACGCGAUCGAAAAUAUGCCAUUAAAAGAACCUCCGCAAGCAUGUGGACUGCAUCCAAACGCCGAUAUUACAUACCAAACAAAUAUGAUUCAGACUAUGUUCGACAAAAUCACGUUCAUACAACCAAAAGGUUCUAGCGGAGACGGAGAGUUUACGAGAGAAGAUAAAGUAUUUGCAAUGGCGAACGAUAUUCUGAAAAAACUACCGGCUGCUUUUAACAUGUUUACCAUUAAAGAACGAUUAAGCCUGAUGGGCGCAACACAACCAAUGAAUAUAUUCUUAGGGCAAGAAAUCGAACGAAUUCAGAUCGUGAUUAAUUUAGUAAGAAAGACCCUCGAAGAUCUUUUAUUAGCAAUCGAAGGAAUAAUCAUAAUGAAUGAGGAUCUGACGGCCACGUUGGACUUCCUAUACGACGGACGUAUUCCUAAUCAUUGGCUAAGGCCGUCUUGGACGUCAUCAUCGAUAAGCUUUUGGUUUAACGAAUUACUCGACCGACAAAUCCAAAUAGCCACGUGGGUUUUCAAAGAAAAACCUACGAAAUUUUGGAUGACCGGAUUUUUUAAUCCUCAAGGCUUUUUAACCGCCAUGAAACAAGAAAUAUCGAGAGCUCAUGCCGGAUGGACACUAGACAACAUGGCUCUAGAAAACAAGGUGACUAUGUACAGCAAAAAUGAAGUUGGAAAACCGCCAGCUGAAGGAGUUUACGUGUACGGAUUGUUUUUGGACGGAGCCGGUUGGAAUAGGAAAACUAGUACACUACAAGAAGCGUUGCAUAAAAUAUUGACAACGGAAAUGCCAGUGUUUCAUAUUUAUGCGGUUCAUUUAUUAAAGCCUAAAGUUGUAACGGGAUAUCAGUGUCCCGUUUAUAAGAAACCAAGACGAACGGGUCUAUUUUAUGUUUGUGAAUUAAGUCUGGACACGCCGCCAGAACUUCCGGCAGAACACUGGAUUUUAAGAGGAGUGGGUCUGUUAUGUGAUAUUAAAUAA